AUGACAACCUCACUCAAAAGCCAAAACAUCCCACUCAUCCUCCCCUCCGACCUCUCAGAAGAACAACUAAGUUCCUUCAAACCAUUCAACAACUGGGUCGACACACUGACAUCCUCCCUUCGUCUCCAAUCCACACCUUCUCACCCCUUCCACAAAGACCCCUACGCUCUGCGCUCGGUAACAAUCCAAUCCUUCGAUCUCUUCGGCAAACGUCUCGGCUUUGUAAAACUCACAGCCACCGUUUCCAACUCCGCAGGCGAAACGCUUCCCGCAGCUGCACUCCUCCGCGGACCUAGCGUAGCGAUGCUAUUCAUGCUCAUCCCCGACGACGCACCAGAAGAGCGCUACGUCGUCCUAACAGUUCAACCGCGCGUUCCAGCAGGGAGUCUAAGUUUUGUCGAGCUUCCAGCGGGAAUGGUGGAUGACGCGGGGAGUUUUAAAGGUGCGGCUGCGCAGGAGAUACAGGAGGAACUAGGUGUUACGAUCCAUGAGGAUGAAUUGACUAAUUUGAGUGAACUUGCUGGGAUGGACAAAAAUGAGGAGGGACUUGCGCAGGCCAUGUUUCCUAGCGCGGGAGGGUGUGAUGAGCAUAUUACCAUCUUCAGCUACGAGAAGCGUCUGCCGAGAGACAAGAUUCAGGAGUGGAGUGGUAGACUUACGGGGUUGAGGGAGCAUGGGGAGAAGAUCACGUUGAAAGUUGUGCCGAUGGGUGAGGCGUGGAGGGAGGGGGCGAGGGAUGCAAAGUGUUUGGCUGCGUUGGCGCUUUGGAGGGGGUUGAAGGAUGAUGGGAAGCUGUCCUGA